GAAUGCCGUAAUAUCUAACACUUUAGCACUAAUAAAUCGGGUUACUCAUCAUAUAAACUUUAAUUACUUCAUUAUCCAAUAAUCCUUUUGCAUGCACAAUUUAGUAAAUACGUUUGUUGCUACUGUUUAGAUUUUUUGACAUGUAAUUAUAAAUUUAAUGUAUUGACGGUCUAGUGAUUACUCAUUGUUAAAUCUAUUUCAUUCAUAGACGAUGUUCCAAGUCCUGAUCAAAUUACAUAAUCUACCGUUCUGCUAAAUUGUUCUUUUUAAUUGUACCCAUGUAGUCCUUUUUGAAGAUAUUAUCUUAAAAGUUAAACGCUGGUGAAAGAAAUCUUCUCAGCCUGGGACAUAUUAUUAGUCUGCGAAAAUCAUUUGGCUUAGCUAUAGUGCAAUAAUAAAUUUUUGUUGAUUGAUAAAUAUAAUAUAUAAGUCAUUUGCCUAUAGUUGUUUUUAUAGAACUGCUGACUGUGAAGUUUGAUUGCAAAACAAACGUGUUCAGACAAGGCUUUAUAAGCGUGUGACGUUUUAUAAGUGUUUUGUUCGCUGGUGAGAUACCUGAAGCAGUAAAACAAAGAUUAAAACAAGUGGACAUAUUAUAUGGAAUAUCACUGAGUAAUAUUGUAAUAAAGAAAAGUGAUGCAGUGUAUAAAAUAAUUUUAAAUUGGCAAAUAUGCUAUUGCUUUGUGUAUAGAAACAUAAUUAUGCUGUUUUUCCCAUUAGAAUAACAUCUGUCUUUAUAAUGGAAGUCCCGGGACGUAAAGCACCUUCUGCUUUGUCAUCUUUGUCGUGCCAGCCAUGCCAGCGUGACGGUGAUACUGUAAAUGCAGAGGGUUAUUGCGAGAACUGUAACGAGUUUAUAUGUACAUCAUGUAUCAAGGCACACAGAAAGUUGGCUGUUACUACAAAUCACGUGAUCAAAUCCAAAGAGGAAAUGCCAAAUUUACAGGCUCAUAUUGACCCAUGCACGGAGCUCUGUUAUGUUCAUAAGAAUGAAAUAGUCAAGUUUUAUUGUCGGGAACAUGACAGUGUGGGAUGUGGAGAUUGUAUUGUUCUUAAUCAUGCCUCCUGUAAGAUUCAUCCUGUUUCAGACGUGUCGUGUAACUAUGAAAACAGUGACGAACUUGUUUUAAUCAAACACAAAAUUGAUCAUCUCAGCAAAAACCUAGCUUCAUGUAAAGAAGAAAUAAACCGCAGUCUGAAAACAGCGGAUGAAAUAAAGACGGAUGUUGUUAAGGAAAUUAAAGAGUUCCGUAAAGAAAUGGAGGACUACCUAGAUAAAAUAGAAGCAGACCUUUUACGAGAAGUUGAUGAAGUGAAUGAAAGAGAUGUGUCUUCACAGAAAAAGCUUCAAGAUCAAUGCGGUGUUUUGGCUGAUGAAAUUGAACUCUUUCAAGCUAAACUUGAUCGAUGCAAAGACAAAGUUAACAAUCUGUUUGUGACAGCUAAGCGCAUACAGGAAAGUCUUCAGAAAUGCCAAGAAAUAAAUGAGGAAAUUUCAUCAAAUAGUCAAAUAAACGAUUAUAAAUUCUCAGCAUGUAAAGAAAUAAGCAAUUUAAAAACACGCAACACAUGUCUUGGUAAUCUUGAAACAAAGUUAAUGAAAUUUUCCGGUCAGUGCAAGAAAACCUUGAUUGAGAACAGAAUACAAUUUGUAAAGAAAAUUAAUGUGCACACGAAAAAAGACAAAAAUUGUUUUAUUUCUGGAAUGGCAAUCAUUUCCGAGACUGAAAUUUUGUGUGCCGAUCAGAACAAUAGCUCACUAAAAGUCUUUAAUCACAGAGAAGAUAAGGUUAAAGCAAUAUUAAAAACAACGACUUGCCCAUUUGAUAUUACUACAAUAGAUUCAUCCUCUGCUGCAACAACUUUACCAUAUGAAGGUAAAAUCAUGUUUCUCAAUACGCAAAACGGUUUGACUGAAAGUCACCGUCUGGAUGUCAGGGAAGGGUGUCAGGGAAUAGAUCAUCGGGACGGUAAAAUAGCUGUUUCAUUUGUUGAGCCUCCCGCUGUUCAGGUUAUAGACAAGGAAGGUAAUAUUCUUCAUGAGGUUGGGGAUACCAGCAUGUUGAAGUAUCCACAUUUAGUGUCUUUGAGUAGGAAUAAUGAGAGUAUAUUUGUGUCCGACUUGAAAAACUCUGCCGUGUAUGAGUUUAACCUGAAAGGAAAUUUACAGUCUAUCAAUAAAAGAGGAAGUAUGAACCUCCCAGCCGGCCUAACGGUAACAAACCGUGGUUACGUUGUUGUGUGUUAUCUGGAUAAAAGCGAUAUGUUUGGGGUGAUUGUGCCUGGAACGACCCACAUUUUUCCUCUCCAUACAAGGACUUUGCAUGAUUCAUUUCAACCAUAUUCUGUCAUCAUAUCUGAAAAGCAAAGAAAAAUGUUUAUGAGUGAAAGUUCUUUUUCUAAAUAUUGCAACUACAUAAAAAUAUUUGAAUUAGAAUAGACAUACAUUUUGUGAGAACUGUCGAGCUGUUUGUUGAUAAGGAGACAAUAGUGACGUAUGAUGGGGGAAGUGUCAUGGCAGUUAAGGUGUGUUGUAAUUCAUGAAGGAAAAAAAAAGAAUCAUGUUUACAGUAUAACAUUUAGUGAUACACUAUUAAAGGAAGCGACAAUAAACUGUUUGAUUUAAAGGCCCAUAAGAAAAGCUGUUAUUUUUGUUUCUCAAAAGCUUUUUAUGUUUGGUGUCCUGUUAUAUGGGUAUAGUUACCAAAAUGCUUACUAAUUGGCCAAUUACAUGCACCAUCUUUUGCUUUUGAUGCUUUCUUAGCAGUUCAUAAAGUUAUAUUAAUUUGGUAUUUUGUAUGAAAGUCAAAAUACUACUUUGUUUACAUUUUGUUACUUUUAUUGCAAAUAAUUUUAUGCUCAGCACUUUUUUCUUCAGGUGAUAUGCAGGUACCGUAAUAUUCUCUAAAACCAUUAUUUAACAUUAUAAAACUCAUGUCUGCCCUUUUUAAAGAAAAAACAACUUAUUUG